AUGGCAACUCCUGCAAGAAAGAGACUAAUGUGGGACUUCAAGAGACUGCAGAAAGACCCACCCGUUGGGAUAAGUGGAGCUCCACAAGAUUACAAUAUCAUGCAUUGGAAUGCUCUCAUCUUUGGACCUGACGACAGUCCAUGGGAUGGAGGUACUUUCAAGUUGACUAUUCAGUUCACCGAGGACUAUCCAAACAAACUUCCAGUAGUCCGGUUUGUUUCAAGGAUGUUUCAUCCAAACAUUUACGCUGAUGGAAGCAUUUGCUUGGAUAUCUUACAAAACCAAUGGAGCCCAAUAUACGACGUUGCUGCAAUUCUCACGUCGAUACAGUCUCUGCUUUGUGACCCAAACCCUAAUUCGCCAGCAAACUCGGAGGCUGCAAGGUUGUUCAGUGAGAACAAGCGAGAGUAUAACAGGAAAGUAAUGGAGGUCGUGGAGCAGAGCUAUGUAUAA